AUCUUUGUCGUGAUUUGAUUCAUCUAGCUGUCGCUUCAACAGACUUUCGAAGGUUGGACGUAACCAUUAUCCUGCUAGAUAAUAUCCAUCAGUUUAGACGAUAGCAAGGUUCAGCAAGACACCAUCGACAAUGUCUAACCUUGCUUGCGAGCCCGAAUUCGAGCAGGCCUACAAGGAGCUGGCCAGCACCCUCGAGGACAGCGCCCUCUUCCAGGAGCACCCCGAGUACCGCACCGCCCUCGAGGUCGUGUCCAUCCCCGAGCGUGUGCUGCAGUUCCGCGUCGUCUGGGAGGACGACAAGGGCCAGCUGCGCGUCAACCGAGGCUACCGAGUGCAGUUCAACUCGGCCCUGGGCCCGUACAAGGGUGGACUUCGGUUCCAUCCCACCGUCAACUUGUCCAUUCUCAAGUUUCUCGGUUUUGAACAAAUCUUCAAGAAUGCUCUGACUGGCCUCAGCAUGGGCGGUGGCAAGGGAGGCUCCGACUUCGACCCCAAGGGCAAGUCGGACAACGAGAUCCGGCGCUUCUGCCAGGCCUUUAUGCGCGAGCUGUCGCGCCACAUCGGCGCCGACACCGACGUGCCGGCCGGCGACAUUGGCGUGUCGGGCCGCGAGAUUGGCUACAUGUUCGGCGCCUAUCGCCAGGCGCGCAACCGCUUCGAGGGCGUGCUGACGGGCAAGGGCCUGGGCUGGGCCGGCAGCCUGAUCCGCCCCGAGGCCACGGGCUACGGCCUGGUGUACUACGUCGAGCACAUGCUGCAGCACGCCGGCCAGGGCAGCCUCGCCGGCAAGCGCGUGGCCAUCUCGGGCUCGGGCAACGUGGCCCAGUACGCGGCGCUCAAGUGCAUCGAGCUGGGCGCCACCGUCGUGUCGCUGUCCGACUCCAAGGGCUCGCUGGUGGCCCCCGACGACGGCGCCUUCACGCCCGCGCACGUCGCCGCCAUCGCCGACCUCAAGGCCCAGCGCCGGCCCCUGACCGACUUCCACUACGCCGACAAGUUCAAGUACUUCCACGGCGCCCGGCCCUGGGUCCACGUCGGCAAGGUGGACGUGGCGCUGCCGUCGGCGACGCAGAACGAGAUCAACCGCGCCGAGGCCGAGACGCUCGUGGCCAACGGCGUGCUGGUCGUCGCCGAGGGCUCCAACAUGGGCUGCACGCAGGAGGCCAUCGACCUGUUCGAGGCCCAGCGCAAGGAAAAGGGCGCCAAGUCCGUCUGGUACGCCCCCGGCAAGGCCGCCAACUGCGGCGGCGUCGCCGUCUCGGGCCUCGAGAUGGCCCAGAACAGCCAGCGCCUCACCUGGACCGAGAAGGAGGUCGACGACAAGCUCAAGUGCAUCAUGAAGAGCGCGUUCCUGGCCGGCCUCGAGACGGCGCAAAAGUACGUUGCCUCCAAGGACGGCGAGCUGCCCAGCUUGGUGGCCGGCAGCAACAUUGCCGGCUUCGUCAAGGUCGCCGAGGCCAUGCGCGACCAGGGUGACUGGUGGGCUUGAGCUGCUUGUUCUGAUGUCGUUUUUUUUUUUUUGUUUCCUUUUGUGAUACCUUUUUCUUUUCUCUUUGGUGUCUUUUUUUUAAGAGCAAAGGGACGUUUGGCGUUUUGGGGGCCGGGACUCGGCAUGAAAUAAAAUGAUUUGCAUAGCAUGGCAUUGAUAUCGGUGAUGGUUGAGAUAUCCAGAUGGCGAAAGAAAAGUAUUAGUGAUGGUGGUGGUUAUCAAAAUAUGACAUCAAUUAUUGCAAAGAUUACGGGCCAUGUUCUUGAAGAUUUGUAAAGAGCUAGUCGACAUUUCAACCAGUUGACGUAGACUGGUCUAGGCAUUAAAUCAUACAAGAUUGCAAGUAAAUGACAUACACAGUGAUCGUUUUCUUCGUCUUUCAACUAAAGAGUUGUAUUAUACUGGGUAUCGAUAUGAGACGUGCACCAAGCCACUUCCGUUGCUCCCAUUCCAAUAAAUCACUCUUCGUCCGCAGACUCUCCUGCCAGGAGCUGCUCCUUUAUCCGCUGGCUCGGCAGCCAUCUGUCUUCCGGGAUCCACCACCAGGAAAGCAGCGCAAAGAUUGUCACAGCACCCAUAAUCACCGGUGCGUAGUUGAGUGUAGAGCCUGUAACGGGGAAUUCAUAUGGCGAGUAGAGUACCGCGACCACCCAUCCGUUCCACAGGACGGAAAUCGCCUGAAAGGGCUUGCUCCAACGGCCCAGGCUCCAGGCAGGCUUGGGGAAGGUCUUUGGCGUAAAGAAGAGCCGGCCAAUGCAGAUGAGCCCGUAGGCUGCGGCCGAGGGAACACCUGCGGCCGAUACGAGCGAUGUAAAGGCCACGGAGGAGGGCAGGAUGGUGCAGGUGAUGAUGGAUGAGACGACCCAGACGACGAUGACGGCGUUGCGAGGCUGGCCGUCGACGACUCGAGAAACCCACGAGGACCAGGGCAGGACUCCGUCUCGGGCUACGGCGAAGACGAGGCGUGAGGCGGCGAGGAUGGCGAUGGCAGUGUUAAACCACAAGGCGACAAUGCAGACUACAUUCAUCACAAUGUGGCCGCCCUUACCCAGGAGGACAGCAUAU